AUGGAGUCACGGAGGCCGAGGCCAUUUCCAGGGAGGAUCAGUAGUCUUUUCCGACGAAAGGGGAGAACUACUGAGCCUAACUCGCCUACCUUCAGCCCAUCUGAUAUCGAAUCAACAUCGUUCCAGGCAUAUGGGCUUUGGAGAAAGGGUAUGUGGAAAGAGCUCGAGGAGCUUGUACUUCCAGCAUUACCUACGAUGAAAAGGACACUCGGCGAGACGAAUUAUGCCACCUUGCGGACAAUAUUUUUUCUUGCGCAAGCGUUUGCGGAGCAGGCUAGAUGGGAUGAAGUUGAGAAGUUGCUGUCGCCGGCUUUGCCGAUGCUAAAAAAAACUGUGGGUGAAGUUGAUCCAGUUACACUGCGAUCAACGGUUCUCCUCGCACAGACCUUUGUGCAGGAAGGAUGGUGGGAAGUCACACUGUACUCGACCUAUUUCCUGGCAGCGACUGCUCUAAACCAGGCAAAGUGGGUGCAAGUAGAAGAGCUCUUGAAGCCAUCUUUACCGAUGAUGAAGAAGCAGUUGGGCCAAGGGAAUUCCGCCACCCUGCGGUCAACCUUUUUCCUUGCGCAAGCAUUUGCCCAACAGGCUCGGUGGAAAGAGGUGGAAAGGCUCCUUUUGCCGUCGUUGCCGAAGAUGAGGAGAGCACUUGGUAGCAUGGAUGCAGCCACCUUGCGUUCGACAGAUCUUCUUGCACAGGCGUUUGCGCAAGAAGAUAGGUGGGAGGAAAUUGAAGAGUUGCUGCUGCCAACGUUGCCAAAGAUGAGAGAAGGAUUGGGCGAGGCAAAUCCAGUAACUUUGGAAUCAAUAUACUUUUUAGCAACAGCACGCUUGAGCCAAGGUCGAUGGAAGGAAGUGGAGGAGCUUCUGGUGCCAGCGCUACCAGUAAUGAGAGGCGAGGACGAGACUCACCCGGUUACCUUGGGGUCAACGUUCUUCCUCGCAGAUGCGUUAUCUGAGCAAGGUCGUUGGAUGGAAGUGGAAGAGCUCUUAGUUCCAGCACUGGCAAAUAUGAGAAACUCAAGAGAUCAAGGCAAAGCUGAUCCGAUCACUCUACGCUCCACAUAUCUUCUCGCAGAAACAUUUUCAAGAAAAGAUCGAUGGACGGAAGUUGAAGAGCUGUUAUUACCGGCGUUGCCGAUAAUGAAAAACAUGGAUCCAUCCGAUCCAGCCACUUUGGGGUCAACAUACUUCCUUUCUGAGGUGCUCUCGAGGCAAAAGAGGUGGAAAGAGGUGGAAGAGCUACUUUCGCCAGUAAUGCCCAUGAUCAAGAUUUUGGGAGAAGGUCAUGCGCUCGUUGUCAAAUCGUCAGAGAUCCUUGAAAAGGCAACCCGGGAACAGAACCCAGACCAAAAGUUGUCGAAUGAAAUAAGUAAAGAAAAAGAAUGUAGACAGCGUCAAAAUAGGUCGAGCAAGGAACCCAUACCGGAGAGCGCUAUCGUGCCUUAUUUGAAAAGUAUCUUUGGUCAUAAAGAUAUCGGAUUUGGAUUACAGUUCAGAGAUUUCCAAGUCGAGUCGAUGCCCAGCCCAAUUGUCAUGACAUAUGAAACCCAAGAGAACGAGAAAUUGAUAUUUCAAUCGAACAGGGAUAGUAAUAAAUAUAGCGAAGAAGGGCUACUGGAUCUUUUCCGGACUUCUCUUUCAGGCCUUCUAAAGGGCGCAUAUGUCCCCAUAGGGGCUGAGAAGACGAUGUCAAAUUGCCAUGUACUGGCGCAAAAUUUCGACGACCGUGCGAGGUCUACUAUUUGGUCAAUCGUCGAAGGGAUCGAGGGUGUGGAGAAAGUUGAAGAAGAUGGCACAAGGAACGUUUUUGCAAUUGCGUACCGCUCCCCGAAAUUCCAAACUCUGUCUCCCCUGCAGAGUACCGUACUGCCUUGGAUCGAGAUUCGGAGUCUCCACUCGAACGACGCCUGCGGCCCAAUUGUCGAGCUUCUGACGAUACAUCAUGUGUCCUCGGAUGAGACCUACCCCAAGAAUAUUUCCCAGAACGUACUUCCGAGUCCUUCGACGGUGUCUUCUUACGAGUACUCGAUCCACUCAUCGCCGAAUUCAUCACCGAAUUCAUCGCCGGAGCAGUUGCCUGAUGACAAGCCCGGGGUGACGAGGGAGAGGGCAUUAGAGGUCGAAGGAUAUAUGAUGAUUGGGAUAUUUGUAAGAGGUUUGAUACCAAGUCCGGAGGAGGGAGACCAGGGCUGA